UUUGUUUAUAAUUGGUUCUCCGCAAAAUUUCCAGCAACCAGUGACUGACAUUAAUUAACCAAGCUCUUGAUAAUAAUGUUAUAAAAUUACCAUCUAAAUAUAAAGAUCCAUCUGGCGAGAUGUACUACGAUGAGAAUAUCACCGACGUACGGCUACCUGCCAGUUUGUUUUCUGCACCUGCGAUGGAGACUUCUUGCGCGAGUAUCAGCGUUGUUUCGGGCCUACCGUUGAGUGAGAAUUGUGUGGAGGAACCUGCCAUGCCACCGUAUACGUGAGCGAGCUGGAAGUUAUACGCACAAAUCUUCGAAAAAUUCCACUUUUGACUGAAGGACAGAUAGAAGAGAUUGUGGCGUUCACAAUCUCUAAAGCAGAAGGUUUUCUUCCAUCGGUUGCAGCUGACAAAGUGGCUGCAGAUUGGCACCAUAAUUUCAUGAGCGCUCAUCCUCAGAAAAAGAGAAAACUUAAAGAUUCUCGUCUGCGCGCCAAAGCAGGGCUUAUUGCGACGGACAGUAAAGUAAUCGCAGCGCUCGAGCAGCGGGAAGCAGAAAAACUGCUGCAGAAAAAUGAGCGAAAAAGAAACACUCGUAGCGGACUUAGCGAUGUGACAAAUACUCCGACUAAAAUUAAAAAAUCUUUCAGAAUGGGUAAAAAGUGAGUCCUCUGAAAUUUCACAUGUGGUUCUACAAAGUCAAAGUUUUACUGUAAGAAAUAAAGUGUGCGGUAUUACUGGGGUGAUUAUUUGUAUUAAAUGUGAUGUGUUUACCAGCACUGACAAACCUGGGUGGUUGCCCGUGUUGCACGGGCCGGGCAUGGUUAUCAGAUUCUCUCGCUAGUUUUUUUGUCUAUCACAUGUACUAAGCUCGUCCUCGUACACCUUAUACACGAGCAGCUGUGGAUCAGUGGACCGAGGCUGGGCAAGGUUGCCAGCCACUUGUUAACCAGGCAUUUCGUUUUCCGCUGGUUAUCGUUUUGCAUUUUGCAAUUUUUACUCGGCAUCAGAAUUCAGAAACAUAUGGCAUAUUAGUUUCUCGAAGAAUAUCAUAAUUACCCGGUUGGCUGUGAAAUUGUUUAAGCGGUUUGCGAAUGUCUGUCACGCUCUCAGUCGUGUUCUGAUUUCCAACAAAUACCUUUGAGGGAGUUCAUCCUAAUGAUCGCAAAAAUGGAUAUACUCCUGGCAGUGCGGAUGUAUAUCGACAAAAUGAUCGAAGAAUCAGGACCCGGAAUGAAAGUUAUGCUGAUGGACAAAGAAACCAUUUCCAUGGUCAGCGUAGUCUACGCACAAUCGGAACUUCUUCGGAAGGAAAUGUAUUUAUUUGAGCGUAUCGACGGUGGAGGCAGCCGUGAACCUAUGAAGCAUUUGAAAUGCAUCGUUUUCUUGCGCCCGACAAGGGAGAAUGUGGAUAAUCUGUGCCAUGAAUUUAAGUUUCCCAAAUAUGGCAGCUACUACGUUUAUUUCAGUAACAUCAUCCCCAAAACGGAUAUUAAACAGCUGGCGGAGUGCGAUGAACAGGAAAUCGUCAAAGAAAUUCAAGAAUUUUAUGGAGAUUAUAUUGCUAUCAGUCCCCACGUGUUUAGCCUUAAUAUUUCCAACAUAUACCAUCAGUAUAACUGGAUUCCAGAGACACUGAAUCGUGUGAUGCAGGGAUUGAGUUCUGUUCUGUUGGCCCUGCAAAAAGCUCCGCUCAUCCGCUAUCAAAACUCAUCAGAAAUGGCACAUCGAUUAGCUGAACGCAUUCGGCAGCUUAUGGCAAAAGAAUCGUCACUUUUUGAUUUCCGGCCUUCUGGUGCGCCGCAGUCUGUACUUCUUAUCCUCGAUCGACGUGAAGAUUCUGUCACACCGCUUUUAAACCAGUGGACAUACCAAGCGAUGGUGCACGAAUUAUUAGGCAUUCAUAACAAUCGUGUCAGCCUUGCGGAUGUGCCGAAUGUUUCCCGGGAGAUGCAGGAAGUCGUUCUCAGUGGUGAACAGGAUGAAUUUUAUGCAACCAAUCGCUACAGUAAUUUUGGAGAAAUUGCCACAAGUAUUAAGCAGCUUAUGGAAGAAUAUCAAACCAAAGCGAAGAUGCAGACGAAAGUGGAGUCGAUUACUGAUAUGAAGAAUUUCAUCGAGAAUUAUCCUCAGUUCAAGAAGAUUUCCGGGACUGUUUCAAAGCAUGUGACCGUAAUUGGUGAAUUGUCGCGAUUAGUGGCACAGAAUGAGCUUCUUCAGAUAUCGGAAUUAGAACAGGAAAUUGUGGCUGGACAACUUGACCAUUCCGAUUGUUUUCAGAGAAUACGACAGCUCAUCGGGAAUCCGAAAGUACCGGUACUGGAUGCGUUGCGACUUGUGCUGUUAUAUACGCUUCGUUUUGAAAAGGAUCCUAGUCGUGAUUCUCAUACAUUUACGGAUUUGCUCCGCCGUAAAGGAGCGUCGGAACGAUGGGUGCAGCUGCCAGAGAAAAUAACCUCGUUUGGAGGAACCCGUUUUCGAUUGUCUGAUUUGUUUAACAGUGAAACUGUGAGCGCAGAUGCAUUCAUGCGCCGUCUUACCAAAGGAAUUCGGGGCGUCGAAAAUAUCUACACGCAGCACAAUCCUCUCGUUAGAGAUCUCGUAGAUCAGGUGAUUAAGGGACGGUUACGUGAACCUUCGUAUCCAUACCUUGGCGGAGUUCAGCUCAGAGAACGACCUCAGGAUGUUUUCAUCUUCGUUCUUGGUGGAAUCACGUACGAAGAAGCAUAUUCCAUCCAUGAACUGAACAAGCUCAAUCCGAUGUGUCGCAUUGUCAUCGGCGGCACAACAGUUCAUAAUACAAAAAGCUUCCUGGAUGAGGUUUUCAAUGCUGAUCAGCCGUAGUAAACCAGAACUCAAACACUGGAGACGAUUUUUUGACGUUCGCACCUAAGGUGCGAAGAAUCUAGCAUUCAUCCCGAGAAAUUGUUUUUGAUGUUUGCUGUUAACGUUUUUGAUAGCCUGAUUUGUUCUCUAGUCUUACAACAUUCGUAAAGGAAAUUUUCAUGGUACUAUUAUGUUGUUUCUUACAGUAAUGAUUUUUGUUGCGCUGUGACGGUUGUGCAUGUUAUCGUGCCGGUUGGAAUUUGUACCACUGGCAUUUGGGCGGUGCUAAAAUCAGAACCUGUGCUUGUAGUUUCUGUCUUUUAUCGAAUUCGUAAUUUUUUCGGUAUCCAUUAAAUCAAAAUAAUAUUUUUUUGUUAGCAUUUGCAUUUUAGCAUAUGCAGAAGUUUUUUU